GGCCGCGGUGAGGAACGAGCCGUAUAGCGUCAGACGAGUCCGUACGCCCGCGCGCACCACGCGUCCCGCGAGCCCGCCCGCUCUCGCACUCGCCCGCCGCUCGCCCCGCGUGUGUGUAUCACUGAAAAACUACUCUACGCAUAUCAAACUGCACCAACACAUAUCUUAACAAAGUUUGUGACGACUCGCCCACCGGAUCACAGUUUAAUAACUAUGUUCGACUGAUUAUCAACAUUGUGGCAAUGAAUAAGUGAAAACUAUAUUAGUGUUAAGUUAUUGUGUUAUUUAGACAUAUCUAUGCUACCAUAUCAACAAUAAGUGUUAAUUGUAGUGUGUGUGAAUUAGUUUAUUAAGUGAGUAAGACUUCAGUGAAAAUGUCUGAGCGUUUCAAGGUGACGAAGUUCGAUGAUCCCUCAGGGAAGACUUAUAAGAACUAUGGAGCCACGUCGGCGGAAAGCGACGUAGAACUUAAAGGAAAGCUCCUACAAGACUCAGGUGACACGGAUGAACAUGGCCUGCCGAAAGACAAGGACAAGGCAUAUGACACCAAUCUCUAUCUCUACCAUGAGGAGAUGGAAGAUCGCCCUCGCGCGGCCACGUUCCUCAGCUCGCUGGCGGACUACUCCAACACCAUUCCGACGGCGUCGGCGGCGGAUCCCGACGCUGCGAAGCCCGCGCCGCCCGCACGCAUGGGCACCCUCAUCGGCGUCUACCUGCCCUGUAUACAGAACAUCUUUGGCGUCAUCCUCUUCAUCCGUCUCACGUGGGUGGUCGGCACUGCCGGCGCUAUACAAGGCUUCUUAAUUGUACUUACUUGCUGCUGUACGACCAUGCUGACGGCGAUAUCGAUGUCUGCGAUUGCGACGAACGGCGUGGUCCCGGCGGGCGGAUCGUACUUCAUGAUCGGGCGAUCACUGGGCCCCGAAUGCGGCGGCGCGGUCGGUAUGCUCUUCUACACCGGCACUACUCUCGCCGCCGCCAUGUACAUUGUCGGCGCCGUCGAGAUCGUACUGACGUACAUGGCCCCGUGGAUGUCGAUUUUUGGAGAUUUUACGAAGGACCCUGACGCAAUGUACAAUAACUUCCGCGUCUAUGGAACGGGACUCUUGCUUAUAAUGGGCAUGGUGGUGUUUGUCGGAGUGAAAUUCGUGAAUAAAUUCGCAACUAUCGCCCUCGCUUGUGUCAUCCUCUCUAUUAGUGCUGUCUACGCUGGAAUCUUCGUUAAUUUCAACGGAAACACUAAACUUCAAAUGUGCGUUCUUGGAAAGCGUCUGCUCAAAGAUAUAAACAUAGACAACUGUACAAAGGACGUCGGCGGCGAACUCCAUCAAUUGUUCUGCCCCAAUAAUCUUUGCGACCCCUACUAUGCGGCACAUAAUGUUAAUAUUGUGCAAGGAAUUAAGGGUUUAGCUAGCGGAGUUUUCUUUGACAAUCUUCAAGAUUCAUUCCUCCAACUCGGACAAUAUAUCGCUUACGGCAAGGAACCCGAAGACAUUGAACAAAUGGAGAGACCUACUUAUAAUCAAGUGUAUGCCGACUUGACAACUACUUUUACCAUUCUAAUAGGAAUAUUCUUUCCAUCGGUAACUGGUAUAAUGGCGGGAUCUAAUCGUUCUGGUGAUUUGGCUGACGCUCAAAAAAGUAUCCCGAUUGGAACCAUUUGUGCAAUUUUAACAACUUCGACGGUCUAUCUAUCUUGUGUCUUGCUCUUCGCGGGAACUGUUGACAAUCUAUUGCUUAGAGACAAAUUUGGUCAAUCUAUUGGAGGUAAACUGGUUGUGGCGAACAUGGCUUGGCCAAACCAAUGGGUGAUCUUAGUCGGGUCAUUCCUCUCGACUCUUGGAGCUGGUCUGCAAUCAUUAACUGGAGCUCCUCGUUUACUGCAAGCAAUUGCCAAAGAUGAAAUUAUACCUUUCUUAGCACCUUUCGCGGUCUCAUCUAGCAGAGGUGAACCUACCAGAGCCCUGCUUUUAACAAUGUUAAUUUGCCAGUGUGGUAUUCUCCUUGGCAAUGUUGACAUUCUCGCACCACUGCUGUCGAUGUUCUUUUUGAUGUGCUACGGCUUCGUAAAUUUGGCUUGUGCCCUACAAACUCUGUUAAAGACACCUAAUUGGCGCCCCAGAUUCAAAUAUUAUCACUGGUCUCUAUCACUCGCUGGUUUGACUUUAUGCAUUUCAAUUAUGUUCAUGACGUCAUGGUUCUACGCUUUGAUCGCCAUGGGUAUGGCCGGUCUUAUCUAUAAGUACAUUGAAUAUCGUGGAGCGGAAAAGGAAUGGGGUGAUGGAUUACGCGGUCUUGCCUUAUCGGCUGCGCGUUACUCAUUGUUACGUCUAGAAGAAGGUCCUCCACACACUAAGAAUUGGCGGCCACAAGUUUUGGUCCUUGCAAAACUUAACGAUGAUUUGAAUCCUAAAUACCGUAAAAUGUUAGCGUUUGCGAGUCAACUUAAAGCAGGCAAAGGAUUGACAGUUUGCGUGUCUGUGCUCGGUGGCGACUUCCCUCGGCGUGCCGGUGAAUCGCUGACAGCCAGACAAAAUCUUCGGAAAGCCAUGGACGCAGAAAAAGUUAAAGGCUUCGUAGAUGUUCUUGUAUCCCACAACAUUGCUGAUGGGCUUAGUCACUUCGUCCAGACAAGUGGAUUGGGAGGGCUCAAGCCAAAUACGGUAAUACUUGGCUGGCCUUACGGCUGGAGGCAAUCGGAAGACAAGCGAACUUGGGAAGUGUUUCUAGAUACUGUGCGCGCUGUUACCGCUGCCCGAAUGGUCAUGCUUGUACCGAAAGGAAUAAACUUCUUCCCUGAUAGCACUGAAAAGGUUGCUGGAAACAUUGAUAUUUGGUGGAUAGUUCACGAUGGUGGUAUGUUGAUGCUGUUACCAUUCCUGCUGAAACAGCAUCGCACUUGGAAGAAUUGUAAGAUGCGCAUUUUCACUGUCGCGUUGAUGGAAGACAACUCCAUACAAAUGAAGAAAGAUCUCAAGAUGUUCCUCUAUCAACUUCGUCUCGAAGCUGAAGUAGAAGUUGUUGAAAUGACUGAUAGUGACAUCUCUGCUUACACCUAUGAGCGAACUUUAAUGAUGGAACAACGCAACCAAAUGCUACGCGAACUCAGACUGAACAAAAAAGAAACACUCGGGAUGAUGCAAAAUUUGGUGGACUAUCAUGAACCAAACGCCGAAGAGAAGUUGCCUCUGGUGCAAGCGAUUGUUGACCAUCACCAUGCCGACGUAAAGACAGCCAGCAAGGUCCGAUUCGCGGAACCGGGAUCUGGUGAACCUGGUCCCGAAGAUGCACCUUCACCACCAUUGACGGAUAAUGACGAAAAGGACAAGGACGAUAAGGACGAAUUCAGAAGUAGUUUGUUGCACAUAAUCGAUUCAAUGUGGGACUCGCCCGAUGAACAGUCGCAGUGCGAGGGCGCGCCGUCCCCGCCGCUCGACGCCGACAGGAACAAAGAGGGCGGCGCCAACGGGGACGUCCUCAACUCAAAACCUAACCUCCCCAACAUUACGCCUGACGAGGGCACGGUGAGGAAGAUGCACACGGCGGUGAAGCUGAACGAAGUUAUCGUGUCACGGUCUCACGACGCACAACUAGUGAUACUCAACCUGCCCGGCCCGCCAAGAGACACCGAGCUAGAAAUGGAAUCCAACUACAUGGAAUUCCUGGAAGUGCUGACGGAGGGGCUGGAGAAGGUGCUGAUGGUGCGCGGCGGCGGGCGCGAGGUUAUCACCAUCUACUCGUGAACGCCUCGCGCGACGAAACACACAAAUUAUGGCAAUACUAAAUUAAUCUUAAUCGAUAUAAAUCGAUCUUAAUAUCGAUUACGCAAAUACGCGUCUCUACUGUAAUAGCUCUUUGUGAUUGUUCAAAAUUGACAUUUCUGUUAUUAAACAUUUAUUUAGGACAUUGCUCACGAAAGACUAUAGAAAAUUAU